GGCGGCGAGGGCGCGGUGGAGCCGAGCUGGAGCCCCCGACACUCCAGCUAUCACGCCGGGAGCCCUGCAGAGAUCCGGGGAACGCGUCCUCGCUCCUGGAGGAGGCGACCCUUUUCCUUACGCGUUGGUUGCAGCUGCACCUCGGCCCGGGAGAUCAGGGCUUCUUACGCCUCAUGGUGACAGGUGAGAAUCAUGACACAGAAAGGCAGUUUGAAGACAGUGAAGAAAAACAAAGCAGAAGAUCCUGAAUUGGAGCCCCUGUGCUGCUGCGAGUACAUAGAUCGAAAUGGGGAAAAGAACCACGUGGCAGCUUGUUUGUGUGAUUGCCAAGAUCUGGAUGAAGGGUGUGAUAGAUGGAUUACAUGUAAAUCCAUGCAGCCGGAGACUUGUGAAAGAAUUAUGGAUACAAUCUCUGAUCGCCUCCGAAUUCCUUGGCUUAGAGGAGCCAAAAAAGUUAACAUUAGCAUCAUUCCCCCUCUCAUCCUCCUGCCUGUCUUCCUUCGAGUGGCUUCCUGGCAUUUCCUCCUGGGGGUGGUGGUUUUGACCUCCCUUCCUGUGCUGGCCCUGUGGUACUACUACCUCACUCACAGAAGGAAAGAACAGACUCUGUUUUUCCUGAGCCUUGGGCUCUUCUCUCUGGGCUACAUGUACUAUGUGUUCCUGCAGGAAGUAGUCCCCAAAGGGCGUGUGGGGCCCGCUCAGCUGGCUCUUCUUACCUGCGGGUUAUUUCUGAUCCUCUUAGCUUUGUACAGAGCCAAGAAGAAUCCAGGCUACCUCAGAAAUCCUGCAAGCAAGGACAGAACUCUAGGCAGCAGCCGAACUGAGUGCCUGAAUGGAAAGGGGCAGAAGACAAAAGGGCUCCCUGGCGCAGAUACGAUAGGCAUUCUCAAUAAUCGCACGCUCAAGGAUGAUCAGAAGGACUCUGCCAGGUUGUCGGCUGGAAGCCCCACCAAAGCGAAGGAGGACUGGUGUGCCAAGUGCCAGUUGGUGCGACCAGCCCGGGCGUGGCAUUGCCGGAUAUGUGGCAUCUGUGUGAGGAGAAUGGAUCAUCAUUGCGUCUGCGUACCUCCCUCUCAGAAGGGCAUGUCAGAGUGCAUGAGGUGCAGAGGGCAUGGAAGUGGACCUCAAGUACAGGAGCAGCUCUUUUCUGGGGCUUUGUACUUAGGAGUAAACAGGAUAAAUAGCUGCGUCGGAGAAUCAAAUCAUCAAGCCUUUAUACUCGCCCUUUCCAUCUUCUUGCUUACCUCGGUAUAUGGGAUCACGCUGACGCUGGACACCAUUUGUAGAGAUAGAAGUGUCUUCACAGCUCUCUUCUAUUGUCCUGGAGUUUAUGCUAAUUAUAGCUCAGCGCUGUCCUUCACCUGCGUGUGGUACUCUGUGAUUGUCACAGCGGGCAUGGCCUACAUCUUCCUGAUCCAGCUGAUUAACAUCAGUUACAAUGUGACCGAGAGGGAAGUGCAGCAGGCCCUUCGACAGAAGACGGGACGCCGGCUCCUCUGGGGGCUCAUUGUGGACACAGGGCAGUACAAUCGGGGCUUCCUGCGGAACUGGCACCAGUUUUCCACACUGGGCACUCACCCGUUCCAUGACCCCGCUGAGGACAUCGUCUGAAGUGCCUUCGGGGCGGCUCCGGGGGUGGGGCGGGGCGCCAUCCUCUGAGUCCUUCCAUCAUACACUUCACUGUCCACGCAGGAUGUUCAUUUUUAUCCCUGGUCUUUUCAAGGCAUUAUAGGGCCAUGCUCAGGUGUAGAGACUGGACUGGAGAAAUGAAUUUUUCUGACUUCACAACUUAAGAGAUUUUUAUAUUGAAGCAGUAAAAGUAGAGCCAUUCCUUUCCAGUCACCUUGUUAACUAGCUCAGUCACCAGAAAUUGAAAUGGAUGUGGAUUGCUAAUGCACAAAUUGAUUGAAGCAAUUCCCAUCCCUUAGUAUGGGAAAAAGUUUGGAUUAGGAUAGUUUCUAGUCCCUCUUUUAAUUCCUAAUAGCCAUGUGACCCUUAGUCGAGUCACCUCCCCGAGUCUCAGGUCCACCUGUAAGGUGGGGUGCCGGUGCCUGCCCUGGCGGCCUCACAGAGCAGUUGCGAGGGGUGCGGGAGGGAGGAGGUGUGUGGAAAGCACUGCAAAAUAGUGAAAGCACCAGAGGUGUGAAGCAUUAUUACGAAAAUCCCCAGACUGGGGAAAAAAAAAUUUGUAGGUCAGAAUAUUGAAGCCAAUAUUAUUAGAGUAAUCUCUUUUCAGCAUUUCAGAGUGAAAAAAAAGACACCUGAAUACCAUGUUGUACAGUUAUGGGAAUUUCUCUUUUGGAAGGAUUAGACGUUAACUAUUCAAACAGGGUAGAGGAUGACCAGAUGAAUUUACACUGUCAUCUGAUCUUGAAAGGACAGUUGACGCCAAUCCUCAUUAUUGCUGGUAUAAUAAUUAUUGCUGGUAUAAUGUACAGUGGUCACGAGUUUAGAUGAUAAGUUCUUAUAUUUAUCUUCUUAGGCAUUACUCUUUAGAUUUACUCUGAGUAACUCCAGUAGGCAUUAAUGUUUUUGCCUCUUUCCAUGUCUCCCCCGGUAAGGUGCUAGCCACACUUGUAACGAUGGCUGGGAGAGGAAAACAGACACCCUUACAGGGAACACUUUACUCUCUUUCCUGGGUUGGGUGGCUGGUUAAUAUCAAGGGCUUGAUUUUUUUGUUCAUGUAAGUGAUUAAAAUGCGGUUAGCUAUAGCACUAGGUUGCAAUAAUCCAUCUUCUAGUCUUUACAUUAUUCUGGGAUGGACUCUCUUCGAGGGGUUGAUUAGCAUCUUCCCUCUUAACUUGCACAUUACUUUUCAUUCACCUUUCCCCAAAUAAAAGUAUCUCACCAGGAGAGAAAAAACAGGGUAGUAUGUGUGGUUUUCACUAAUUAAGGGAUUACUGUUCUUCCCUAGUUCUUCCUAAAAUACCGAGUUGUUUCUGUAAUCAUAUCUCAAACCUGAAAAUGUAUAAAGAAUUAAAUAUUUAUGUAUAAUGGAGCUAUUCUGCCACAGAAUUAAGAUGGCGCAAUUUCAGAUGGGAGAAAAACUCUCUUAAAAUACUUAGUUUUUUACCUGUAUCUUUUUAAUUGAAUUUAUUGGGGUGACAUUGGUUAAUAAAAUUAUAUAGGUUGCAGGUGUACAGUUCUAUAACACAUCAUAUAUAUAUUGUAUUGUGUGUUUACCACCCCAAGUCAAUUUUCCUUAAUCCUAAAAGCAAUUCAUGUCCUUAAAUUUGCCUUUGCUUGUAGUUUAAUUUAGGGACAAUAUUGCCAGGUUUUCCAGUCUUUCUCUGCAUACUGCUGUAACAAGAGGUUUAUAUAUGUUGAGAGGAAAUAGUGCUACUUCCUGCAACUCUAUCCUCUGCAGCUAGCACUAAGUCCUGCCGUUAAUCGAAGCUGUCCUUAAGACAGCUUGCUGCUGCUCUCCCCAGAGAUGGUUUAACAAAUGAUAAGCCUUGUCAGAUGCCCCUGCGAUGAGCCAGGCAGCAAGUCUGGGGGUGUUAGCAGGGGCUGUUGUUUCUACACUGAUGCAUUCUCCCUGGCCCAGAGUAAAGCAUUCAUUUGGAGUUAACAUUGGAUCUGAUAAUAACCAAUUGCUUUCUGUGUAGGUUUGCGAUAAGAGAAACAUUAACAAUGUCAAAGACAGCAUGUGGCCAGAAAUCUCUAAUUGUAGUCUCCUGAAUACCAGAUACAUACCAACUCUGAUUGCCUGGCAAUUGAUAAUAAUAUUCAUAGAAAGGCUAGUAUAUUCAGUAAUUUUAGCCUCUUGUCAAAUCUUUAAAAAUAAUCAAAAUAUGGCAUGAUGAAGAUGAGUCCCACCAGAAAGACCAGUCAUUUGAGAAAAUGGGAAUGUUACCAUCUUUAAGGCCACAUCUCGCUAAUAGCAUUACCUGGAUGGGGCAACUCGGUGUCCCUCUCUUGAAUAAGGACUCCUGUGUUACUCUGGCUUACUGAGAUUCAGAGGCUGGCUUUUUAAAAGUUCCUUGAGAAUGUCAUGAUCGACAGUUUGCUGGACAAAGCUCAAAC